CUUCUUGAGAGCUCGCUCUCGGCUGCCUCGGCAAGACUCGCGUAUGUUCGCAGAGUCGGAGCACACGAGUGACAGGAUUUGUGGAUCACUUGCCCAACUAGUGAGCCAAGCUCUCGAUUAGAGAUCACGACAAUUUAAAAAAAUGUCUGGGGAUAACGAAGAAACGCAGACGGCCGAGGGGACGCCAGUGGACGAUAAGGAGGCUCAGGACAAGAUGGUCAGUCCCGAAAAGGCAGAGGAGGCGAAACUGAAGGCCAGAUACCCAAAUUUAGGAAAUAAACCUGGAGGGUCUGAUCUGCUUCGCAAACGCCUCCAGAAAGGGCAAAAAUACUUUGACUCUGGUGACUACAACAUGGCCAAAGCGAAGAUAAAGAACAAGCAGUUGCCGACAGCUGCGCCGGAGAAGACCGAGAUCACAGGGGACCACAUCCCCACCCCCCAGGACCUGCCCCAGAGGAAACCUUCUCUGGUGGCCAGUAAACUGGCAGGCUGAUGUACGCUCGGUCUUAACAGCCCCCCUGCAGCACCUCCCAGCCCUAACCCUCACCACUCAAGUCUCAGAGCUGUAACAUUACCUCUCCUACCCCUCACAGUACCACCUGUCCCCUGCCUAUGCCUCCUCCCUACUAGCCUGGACCCCCCCCAACAGGAACCCACACCUAGCACCCAGCGAACUGGCUUGCUGAUACGUGAAAUCCUUUUUUUGUUUGUUUGUUUGUUUUUUUGUUUGUUUGUUUCCACCUCAUCUGGCCAUGUUUCUACUGCCUCCUGUUGUAAUGUUUGUCUCUCCCCAUUUCGUCCAAACUGACCACCCUUCUGUUAUUGUCCUCUUACAUUUCCAUGUUCCUUUUGUUUCCUUUUUACUCCCAUGUAAGAUACACUGAAAGACAGGACAUCCAAAUGUGAGCACGAUGGAGCAGCCUGUGACGCCUUUGUUCAACUGAAGGACGACUGACACCACAGUGUUUACUGGCUGAAGACGGGGGGCGAGCAACAAAGCUGCGUCUUGUAUUGGUUGGAGGGCUUUAGUAUGGUGAUCGAGAUCCCUCAGUUUGGAAGUGUAUAUAUUUCCUUUUGUUCGGCACAGGGGCAGACAUCAGCCUUUUUAGAACAUUUUACAUCAGAUUUGUAUCAUUCACUGUAUGUCCUUAUUCUAAAUAAUGCUGUCAAUAUGCUUGAGUGAUUGACUGAAUAUAGUAAUCCAGACGCCAAGCUCAGUUCUGUUAACACUUGGAUUGUGAAACAUGGGGGGAAAGCCGUACAAAAGGACCACAGUGAAGGCCAGAGUGUCAUAUAGUACUGCAUGUGUGACCCAGGGCUCCAAAAGGCAAUCCUCACUGAGCUCCUUUUAACUCUUUAAGGUGCACUGAACAGACAUUUAGACAGAUACUGAAAAGCUCAGGUGCAGCAUAAAAAGCACCGGUUGGCAGAUAAGUGGUUCAUUUAUGUCUGCUUGGAAGUAGAAAAUGUUUAAUCUCCAAAGCAGACGAGUGAAAGAGGAGGAGAUGCUGCUGUUGCUUAAGUCUUGAGCUGUAAUGUUGACACAGUCCUCCCCUCAGAUCAAAGUCUCUAAUUCCAAGUUUUCAUGAAUGAAGCAUCUUACUAUAACAGGGGUAGAUGAGUAUACGGGACCUUAAAGCUAAAUUCCUGUCAGUAGGGACCAGUCUUUGUGCUCCAUACGCUGCACAAGUAUAAAUCUAUGGGCAGAAAUGUACUGGGAGCGGCUCUCGGCACUGGGAACAAAGAGUGUUAUGAAUUGUGUUCGGACUUAAGAAAAAUCUAUGCUCACUUUGUUAAAAAAUGCCCUGGGCCCUGUAAAGUGCUUUUCCAGGGUCCUUACUGACUGGAUGAAGCUUACCUGCAAUGUUUUAAAUCUAUGCUAGCACUACAUCCAUCUGAGCUGUGCAUGUAUAUGGCUGCCCUGCUGUCAAUUUGUGCCAUUUUGUUUUGUAAAUAAAAUAGUUUUGCACAAAUGUUUAA